AUGCGCGAGAUCGUUCACAUCCAAGCCGGCCAAUGUGGCAACCAGAUCGGAUCCAAGUUCUGGGAAGUGAUUUCGGAUGAGCACGGCAUCGAUCCCACUGGACAGUAUGUCGGCGACUCAGAUCUUCAACUCGAACGUAUCUGUGUCUAUUACAACGAGGCUGGACACAGCAAAUAUGUCCCCAGGUUAGGUUCUACAAUUUCCUUUCGAGGUGGC